AUGGCUUGUUGGAAUCUCCUCGAUGCGCUUCCAGACGUGCACCUCCUUCAUGAAGCAGCCAUUCGUGAGCCAAGUCGUGGCACGCUUUGGUCCAAUGAUGGCUCGCGCUUCGAAGGCGCCGUCCCGCAAUCGCAAAAGCCAAACGUGAAAGGCGAUCACGACGUGGAGACCUGUAUAUUCAAUGCUCUCGAGGGAUGUCGGGGUUCCUUGACAUCUUUGGUCAAUGACUACCUACGACUACCGUUGUGGACAUCAUCGGACGGCCGCCCUACUGAGCAAUCCGUGGAUCCUGCUUACGCUGCAUUUAUAGGUGAACUGGGGUCAUCGUCGUGCGCGGCGCGGCUGCGGGACAUCUUUUGGUCAGGUCAACACACUCUCUUCGUCAACAGCCCUGGCACUGGGAAGACGCGCUUGCUUUACGAGGGUUUGACGGAGCGGUGGGGCUUGUACAUCCCAUGCUCCAUCGUGCCACGAGUCCUCGGUUCUGCGGACAUGUGCAGCUUCUUCAGCAACGCCAUCUACGAGGAACCGACUCCAGGAGAGUAUACCGCGGCCUUUGAGCGUGUCUUGCUCGUCAGACUGGUCAUAUUCAAGCUGUUUCUGGAAUGUCUGCCGGGCGCGCAGACUGACGAGCACCGCACAAAGUGGUUACUCUUGCAGCUCAUGCCGAGUGCUAUUGCGAAGGACGACAUCUUCUUUGAUCUCGCCGACAGACUCGAACGUUGCGAGCCAAGUAAUGGGCUCUUGCGCCGCAAAAUUGCGGAUACUCUCAUCUCGAUACGCCGGAUGCUGAGCAGUGACGAGCCCAUCUUCUGUGUCAUUGACGACGCCGACUAUCCUGAUGUGCAUCGUGCUAGAGCAUUCGCCCCUUCGACUUCUCUGAGGGAGAUGGCUCGUACUUGGGAGAAUAUCGAAGGCCUUACGCUGAUAUUAAGUGGCUUCGACAUUACUCAGGCGCCUUUCCGGACAGAAAAUCCACAGCGAUACCGAUUGUUCACGGACACGGGAUCCUUCGACAACUUCACCGAGCAUGCGACGUUCAUUCGACGGUACCUGCCCCCUCAGCUAGCUGAAUGCGACGCAGGGGAGCGACUUAUCAUUCGCGCAUGCCUCUGGCUUCGGGGCAGGUAUCGCAUCACAACUGCCUUUAUCGAAUGCUUGAUUGCCGCGCACUUCGCAUAUCCACAUACCCUCCUGACGGCCUUUGUGGCAGCCUAUGGUGGCGUUGAGCCGGCUGAUGGCCCCUUUCGUGUGCCCAAGGCCGUCAGGUGUCACUGUGACUAUAUGGUGCUCCAUCUCGUUGCUUAUGAGCCUUACGAGCGUCUCAAAAAAGAUCAUCAAGCCUGGACGUCUGCCCAAAUGAUCGUUCAUCGUAUUAUGGUCUUCGGUGAGGACACCGUCAAGACCACUGAAGACUGUGCAAACCUGGUGGCCUCCCGUUUUGCUACGUUCUCUCGAGCGGACGGAACCGAAGCCAUGGUCUCCGAGCCUUUCUACGUCUUCCCCCUCCUCAGAGCAGUAUUUCAACGGGAAGGACCGGCGUCUGGAUUCUUAUGCGCUAGGGCUGCAUCCGAGCUGCGCUCCCAUCCUCACCACCGCAAUCUCCAUCUCGCCGUCAUUCCCCUGCUUCUGAUGGCCCUUAACGGCAAGUAUAGGUUCUGCGACGUCUUCCAGCUUGCGGCACCAUAUCCGUGGGCCAACCGGACGUGCAAGCUUGUGUGUAUUGCGCGCGACACUGCCAGCGCGCAGUCACGCAUUCUCCCUUUCGUUUCUUCCUUCCCGAACGCCUCAGCCAAGGAGCGCUGGGGAACCGAAGCUACGGAAUGGCUCCAACACGCCGCGCUAGAGCCUUUCUGCGUGUCGACGAGCUUCAGUCAUGCGGAUGUCCUGUGCAUCGUGCAGCUGGACGAUGGCCAUCAGAUCUACGUCGCCCUCAAGACCAUGCUGAAGAACAAACACGUCGAUGCGCCAGUGCAAGUCAUUCAAGACCAACUCUUGAAGUUGGUCCCCGACCACAUAUUCCAGGCGCCCGGGCUGUCGUUUGCGGAUCUCCCUUGCCCAGUGCAAGGCUUCGGCGGUACUCCCCUGCUGCGCGCCUUUGCCACAUUUCCCGAGACGAUGACAGUAACUUCGCUGCCGCGCGACGCAUCACCGCAACCCAUAGCCGCCCUCAACAUAUCGCUUCUACACCAGAUAGCGGAAGAAAUUCCUUACAUCAGUGUCCUUCGGCGGGUGUACGCUGCGCUCAUCUUCGCUCACAAGAAGCAGCUCCCGCCAUCAUCUGUCUCUGCAGAGACUGUGCCGUAUCUCUCUAUGCUGACCACCCAGGCUUGCGACAUUCUUCGUCGCGCUCGUCGAGAGCAAACGGAUCCGGCAGUGGUGCUCUCCAAACCUCUUACCGUCUUUUUCGAAGAACGUCUACGACCGAGAGAUCCUGAAAUUGUUUCUAUACCAGCAUGUCGCACUCUGCUAGAGAAACACAAUGAAAUAGAGAUCCUUGUAGAUUCGGCUAUUCGGGACGAGAACUGCCAACCUCUGUGGGAUUGCGACCUCCUGUCGUUUGCGGAGGCGGACUUGCAGUCGCAAAGGCCACGCUCACCAUCUGACCAAGCCAUCGAUGAACAAAUCCGUGACUUUGAAAGGACAUAUGGGCAAGUUGUGGCUGACUAUGCUCGCGGCGAGGGGGAUCCGUAUCCCGCGUGGGAGCCACCCGAGGGCCCUUUCGAGACACCCAGGGCAUAUGCGGAGUUUGUUGAAGCUCUUGGCUUACCGUGUCCCUCGGACAAUGAACCCGAUCUCCUCUUACAUGAGCUGGGCAAUCCUAGCCGUGCUGAAUCCUAUACCGCGCGCCUGGACAACAUCUUUCAUGCGGGGCAUCAUACUAUGUUUUUGAACGCACAGGGAACAGGCAAGACCCGCCUGCUCCUCGAAGGUUUAUGCCGAUCCUGGGGCCUCUACAUCACCUGCAAUAUCAGAGGUCCUGGGCUUGGGUCAAGCGAUAUGACGGGCGAACUUAAAUUCGCUGAUUUCUGGAGCAUCCCCCUCGGCACCACUUCCCAGCUUCUUCGAGCCGAUAUCUCAGCCAGUAACGUGACCAUCGCUCGCGAUCUCGCCGAUCGUAUCCUGUUGGCGAGAUUGACGAUUUUCAGGCUUUUCCUGGAGAACAUCCCCAGUCUGAGCGACCUCGGUCUGCAGCGAAAGCGUUGGCUUGCAAUGCAGCUUUCGGCUACCGCUGUGGUAGAUCACGAUCUCUUCCCUUCCUUUGCCAGACAGCUGCGGAUCCCAGGGGCCACACCGGGAUUCAUCCAACAUAGGAUCUCAGACACGCUACUCAGAAUUCGGGCUAUAAUCGGUCGUGACACCCCCAUCUUCUGCGUGUUAGACGAUGCGCCACUUCUCCUCGGAUUUCGUGCCGAGUCCUUUGGGCAGACCACGGCUCUCCACGCGGUACUGCGUUCUUGGGAAGGCUUUGACGAUCUCACGCUCCUCAUGUGCGGGUUGCCCUUCGAUAUUCGCUCUUCCGCAGCCGAAGGAGGGAAAAACUAUCGUGUCUGUACAAACACCGGUAUGUUCGAUCAAGCUCGCGAACAGGCGGCUUAUGUGGAGCGAUACAUACCCCCCGGGUUGCUUGCCACGCAAGCGGGCAAGAAGUUGGUGACCCGGAUAUGCCUCUGGGGCCGAGGACGCUAUUACACCACCGCCAUGAUCAUAAACUGUCUCCUUUUGAGUCGUUUCGUCCGUCCUCACACCGUUUUGACGGCCUGUGUCGCCACGUAUGCUCUGAUAGAGCCCUCUGAUUCCCCUAUGGAGCAGGAUGACGAAGUGAGAGCCGACUGCGAAAAUCUAGUAUGUGGUCUGGGAGGUUUCCAGCCCAGCCUCACCUUUUGCUACGACCUUCAAGCGUUGCUUUCUGCAUAUACUGCCAUACAUCGCAUUCUCGUCCUCGGCGAAGAUUGUGUUCGGUUCACUGACGACUGCGCGUACUUGGCUCGCACUGGAUUCGCCAUGCUUGGCGGCGUCACCGGUCACGGAGCUAUCAUAAACGAACCCUUCUAUAUUUUCCCCACUGUGGACCUGCUGUUCUGCAAUUUUCCCCUUGUCGAGGGAUUUCUGCCUGCUACGAUCGCGCCCAGCAUGACGAGUCAACCAGUACAUCAGGGCAUUCACCUCGCCAUCGUGCCCCUCCUCUUGCUCGCAGGCAAAGAAUCGCACAGAGCCUGCGACCUCUUCGGAUUUGCACACCCCCGCCCUCGUUGGGCAGAGCAGACGUGCAAGCUUGUACGCGUGACGCGCGUUCAUGGCGACGGUGGCGACUUGCGCGCUGAUCCCUUCGUGACAAUCUGGCCGGACGAGGGAUUUGACGAGCGGUGGGCCACGGAGUCUGCUGCCUGGCUACAGCCACAGAGCGACAUGCCGGAGCCAUUCUGCGUUGCGGCUGGGUUCAGCCAUGCGGAUCUGCUAUUUUAUCUCCAGCUUGAGGACGGGACCGACCUGCUGGUGGCGCUGAAGUUCAUCAUCAAGAACGAGCACAUCACGGUCACGACGGAGGAUGUUGGUCACUGCGUCGCGCAAUUGGCGCCCGACCGACUUUUCCGAGAAGUCGCCGGAUCGCCCGCUGAUCAGCAGCACCAGCUGUCCAGUCUCGCUACUAGCGCAGGCGCACCGCUUGUGCUGCGAGUGGUGGCGACGUUCCCCGACGAAACGGACGUCAGUGCUAUACCUGAGGACGGGCUACCAUUCCCCGUUGGAACCCUCAAUCUGAAGCUAUUGCAAGAUGUAUCGCAGCGUGUCACUUAUCGCGGUGUGCUGCGUCGGUUGCAUCACCCGCUGAUCACGAAGCGGAGGAUUGAGCUGGUAGGGAAUGCGGUUCCGCGCGUCUGGACGGACAAGACACCACCAUCCGAGUAG